CUGGUGGGCGGCGAAUUCGACAUGGAGCUGAACUUCGUGAUUCAAGACGCGCAGAAUAUCAGGCACAUGUUGGAACUGCUCGAUCAUUGCCCGCCCAAUCUCCAGCCGUCGGCUCGGGCGGUUGCGUCGAGCGGAGAGAAAAAGCCAUUUACUCUUUCCACUGAGGAGGGGGCUGUUAAACUUGCGCGAGCUGCUCGCAUCUCGUGGCGAGGAACUUUCGUUGUAAAAGUAAAUAGAAAUUUAAACUGUGUGUACGCGCGAGACAGAAUUACAAGAGCCUUGUUCUAUCGUGCCUUGCAUCCUUUGAUCGCGUGUUCGCAUUUAAUGUCGGAGAGGCAAAACAUCGUCGAACGGCCCCGAACUUUGCAAUAGAAGGUAAUUUGUUGCUUCGUCCGCGUGGAUUUCACAAACGAGCAACUCGCCCUCUAGUAUGCCCGACGAUUCAACGUUUCACAUUCGUUGUUACAUCUGACACCUAAUUCAUAAACCGGUAAAGGUAACCACACUUGUGAAAUCUUAAGAAUUUUUUAAUAUCAAUGGAUUAUAAUUAAUUCUGUAUUAGUAUUUUCGACGAUUUAACAUUUCGUUAUUACAUUGUAAUCUAAUAUCUAAUUCAUAAACUGGUAAGGUAACCAUACUUGUGAAAUCUUAAAGAUCUUUUAAUACAUUUUAACGAUUGUAAAUAUAAUGUUUUUAAACAUUUUUAACGAUAUAUUUUUGAAUAUAUUUCAAUGAUUAAUUUUAUAUUAAUAUUUUAGACGAUUUAACGUUUCACAUUCGUCGUUACAUCUAACACCUAAUUCAUAAACCGGUAAAGGUAGUCAUACUUGUGAAAUCUUAAGAAUUUUUGAAUAUAUUUUAACGAUUGUAAAUAUAAUGUUUUUAAACAUUUUUAAUGAUAUAAUAUUUUUGAAUAUAUUUCAAUCAUUACAAUUAAUUUUAUAUUAAUAUUUUCGACGAUUUAACGUUUCACAUUCGUUGUUACAUCUGACACCCAAUUCAUAAACCGAUAAGAUAACAAUACUUGCAAAACCGUAAGAAUUUUUGAAUUUUAAUGUAUUCUAAUUGAUUGUAAUUAAUUCUAUAUUAGUAUUUUCGACGAUUUAAUAUUUCGUUAUUACAUUGUAAUCUAAUAUCUAAUUCAUAAACUGGUAAGGUAAUCAUACUUGUGAAAUCUUAAAAAUUUUUGAAUACAUUUUAACGAUUGAAAAUAUCAUGUUUUUAGAUAUUUUUAAUCAUAUAAUAUUUUUGAAUAUAUAUUUCAAUCAUUACAAUUAAUUUUAUAUUAAUAUUUUCGACGAUUUAACGUUUCACAUUCGUUGUUAUAUCUAACACCUAAUUCAUAAACCGGUAAGGUAACCAUACUUGUGAAAUCUUAAGAAUACAUUUUACAUUUUUGAAUACAUUUUAACGAUUGUAAAUAUAAUGUUUUUAAACAUUUUUAAUGAUAUAAUAUUUUUGAAUAUAUUUCAAUCAUUACAAUUAAUUUUAUAUUAAUAUUUUCGACGAUUUAACGUUUCACAUUCGUUGUUACAUCUAACACCUAAUAAUUCAAUGAUUAUAAUUAAUUUUAUAUUAAUAUUUUUGUUACAUCUAACAGCUAAUUCAUGAACCGGUAACAAUAUUUGCGAAACCGUAAGAAUUUUUGAAUUUUAAUAUAUUAUUAAUAGUUGUAA